AAUACCUGUGAGCUUAGUGCAGCCGCCUCGCUAGAAGGAGUAACCUGGCGGAACAACAGCCAAUAGCCUUCAGGUCUGGCGAGGGCGACGCGGUCCGUAUCGCUAUCAAUCGCCUGAUAGGACGGUAGGACGGUAGGACGCUCAGUCAGCCACAGCGAGACCAGCAGCCCCCGACUCAACAUGGACUGCGACAUCUGCCUGGAGGACUUCAACCGGGAGGAGCGCGUGGCCAAAUUGGUGCCGUGCGGGCACACCGCGUGCCUGCUGUGUCUGCAGCGCAGCGAUAGGAGGCAGUGUCCCACGUGCCGCAGGGUCUUCGACGUAUCCCCGGAUGCACUGCCCAACAACUUCCAACUCCUACGGCAGCUGGAACGCCCAGACAGCCCAAGUGGUACUAAGUUAAGCCUACCCGGGUGGAAGGAUCUGCAUUUUGGAAUAUAGCGAUUCACUACACUCGGACCAAAUUUGCCUUUGCAAUGUAAGUGUACA